UAUUAAUAUUACAUGACAUGAAAUAUAAAUGUUUUUUUCUAUGUAUUGUCAGCAGUGAAAUUGAAAAGUGACAGUUAAAAACAGCGAACUUUAUUGUUUAUGAAUCGUGAACUUAAUCUAUGGUAAACUUACGUUAGCAUUUUUCGUCUGCAUUAUUCACUAUUUACUAUAAACUAUUUUCGUAAUUGUGAUAAUCAAAGAAAUAUAUAAAAUAAAUAUAAAAAUGAUAAAAGAUUUCAUAAUUCCUUUAAACAAGGAUGAACUUUUAACAUCACAUGCUGGACAGUAUUCUGUAGAAAAAAUUAUUCCACCGGGAAUGGUAUCAAAAGCUUUAGAUGCUUCUAGAAUUACUUUGCAAGCAGAUGGAGCAAAUUUUAUUUUAACUUGUUUUGAUACAUUUUUUGCUGUUUUGGUCCAUGGCAAUAAAAUAGAAUUACAAUUUGCUUUUACUUCUUUUAGAAGAAUUUUUAAAGGGAUACAAAUAUUGGUAACAGAUUUGGAAAAGAUUUUUGAUCAAGGGAAAGAAAUAGAAGAAGAAGAAAGACCGAAACUCUUAUGUAUCAAUAAAAUGUUGGCUUAUUUAGUUUCACAAUUCAUUUGUCAUAUAAAUGAACAAAUAAGUAAAAAUUCAAGUAACAUACAAAAUUCUCGUAAAAAGAAUGCAAAAACUGAUGAAGAAGAUAAGUGGGACGAUGAACGACAGAAAGUAUUAGAGCUUAUAUAUCGAUGGCUUCAAUUGCCAUUACAAAAAAUUUGGAAACCUUCAAUUGUUGAAGAUUCAUUUGUAACAGUAUUAUCACAAAUAUGUUAUAAUGUAUUAGAACACUGCAAGGAUAUCAAACAGAAACAUACAAGACAAACAAUUUUUGAGAUUUUGGGAACUCUUAUUAAAAAGUACAACCAUGGUAUAAUUUGUAUCGUAAGAAUUGUUCAGCUAGUUAAAUUGUUUGACACAUUGCCGGCUUAUAUGGCCACUGGUGUUGUAUACAUGGAUGUUGAAUGUGGAUGUAAUGGUCUUCUAAAACAAAUAAUAAAAGAACUUGAUCAAACUGAACCAGUAGAAGCAGAAAGUCGCAAUAUAUCUGCGUUUUUGGAAAAUAUAGCUACUUUGAAACCUGAUAUUAUGUUACCAAUCAUGGAUAAUAUAUUGGAAUAUCUUACAAAUGAAUAUUAUAUUAUGAGAAAUUGUGCCAUUGGAAUCAUAGGCACAAUAGUCCCAACAAUGUUGACAAAUGAAGAUCUUACUCCAGAACAAAAAGAACAACGAGAUGAAUGUCUUAAUAGUUUAUUUGACCAUAUAUUGGAUUGCAAUGCAUAUGUAAGAUCUAAAGUACUGCAUGUUUGGCAAAAUUUAAGUUGUGAAGGAGCCAUACCUUUAGCAAUGCAAGGGAAACUAUUGAAUGCUUGUAUAUCACGAUUGCAAGAUAAAAGUGCAAAUGUUCGUAAACAGGCAUUACAAUUAUUAAGAACAUUACUUCAAAGUAAUCCCUUUGCUGCUAAGUUAGAGGAGAUAGAAUUUUCUAAAUCAGUGGAGAGAGAAAAAAUAAAAUUAAAAGAAUUACAGACACUAUUUGCCUGUAAUAGUGAACCUGGAGAUAUUGAAAGAUUAGAACUUUGGAAUACUUUACUUCCAGAUAUAAAAAAAGCUAUUAAAGAAAUUAUAGAAAGCGAUGAUGAAAAUAGGAAGAAUGAUAAAGAAAAAACAGAUGAUGAUGUUGAUCCAAGUUUAGCAUUUGAAAAAAUAAGACAGUUAAUAUUAAAUGGAAAAGUUUUUGAUGCUGUCUCAUAUUUAUGGACAAUCUGUACAAAAUUGAAAGAUACUCCUAAAAUAGAAAACCUUUCUUCUGAGGCAAAAAAAGAAUGUUUAUUUACUUUUUUAUUAAAAAUUUUUAUGGAAUCAGAAGAUAGAGUAACUAAAGAAAACGUAUCACAAGAAAAGAAAAAGCAAAAAGAAGAAAUUAAAGCACAAAAACGACUUAUAAAUUAUUUAGAGAAUUCUUUAGAAUUUGCAACAAAAUUAAAAAAUGCUAUACCUUUAGUGGAAACAUUACUUUUUUCUACAACAUCUAGUGAUGCUGUUGAAGCAUGUACUUUACUUGGCAUAGCAUGUCAAUUCGGUGUAACAGGAGCAACAGCUUCAGUGAAUAAAGCAUUGUUUCAAGUACUACAUAAUGAUCAAUCAGUACGCCGCAAUUUAGCUAUGGUAUAUAAGCAAAUAUAUCUUGAUAACACUGAGCCCCAAAAAUCAGCUAGACAAAGAGCUAUUAUUUGUGUAAAGUCGUUAAUAAAUUUGGUGAAAAAACUUCAACCUGGGCAAAGUUUAUCAUUGGAAGAAUUAAUUAGAUUAUGGUAUAGUAAUAAAGAAAUAAGUGAAGAAACAUUACAGGUAUUAUGGGAAAUAUUUUCAAUGAAAUUACCUGAUACAACACCAAUAGAGAGUAGAGCUGCUUUAAUAUUAAUAAUGAUGAUAGGUCAGACUGAGAGUGGAGUAAUAAUUGAAAAUUUGGAUGUAUUAGUGAAAAUUGGAUUAGGACCACGGGCAAAAAAUGAUCUUCUUUUGGCUCGAGAUAUCUGUAGAACUUUACAGAAAAUUAAGCAAGAGAAUCAGAAUAUUGAAGCUGCCCCUAUUAGGUAUCCAAAUAAUCACAAUAUGUUUAAAGAAAUUAUUAUACUUUUAAAAGAUAAUUUUUAUAAUUUGAAAGAAAAUGGCUAUAUUUCAUUUGCUACUGAUGCGAUUAAUGUAAUAUAUAAGUUAGCUAACCAACCUCAACAUUUAAUAAAGAAUUUUUUAUUGGAUAUUUACAAAACUGAGCAAUUUACUACUGAAAAUGAUAAAUCAAUAGUUAUAUCUUCCAUUGUAUUAUCAAAAUUAUUACAUAUAGUUGGACAUAUUGCUAUAAGAGAAAUGGUCCACUUAGAUACAGAAAUAUACAAGGAAUUAAAACGAAGAAAUAAUAUACGAGAUCUAAAAAAGAAUAAGAAUUUAAAUAAAGACAAUUCAAAACACAAUGUAACUAUAACUAGUAGUAAUAGGAGUGUACGUAAUAAAGAGAAUUUACAAGAGGAUAAUGGAGAAGAUGCUCUAGAAGGUGCAGCAGAUGAUACUGAUGCUGAAUUUAUAAAUACUGCAUUAGAAUCUGAAAUAGUAACUGGUAAUGGAUUACUUACAAAAUUUGUGCCCAUUGUAUUAGAUGUAUGUCAACAUCCUGAAAAAUAUGGUAAUGAAAAUUUACAAGCUGCAGGUACACUAGCUUUGUGUAAAAUGAUGACAGUAAGUUCUGUAUUUUGUGAAACAUAUCUUCAAUUAUUGGUUACGAUAUUGGAACGUUCACCUUAUCCAGGAAUCAGAGCUAAUGUUCUUAUUGGUCUAAGUGAUCUUACAACUAGAUUUCCUAAUCAAGUAGAACCGUGGACAAAACACAUAUAUGGAAGACUUCGAGAUGAAAAUAAUCACGUACGAAGUACUUGUGUUCGGGUACUAUCUAAUCUCAUAAUGAGAGAGAUGGUACGCGUUAAGGGUCAGGUAUCAGAGUUAGCUCUUUGUAUUAUAGAUGAAGAUAUUCAAAUUCAACAAGAUACUAAACAUUUUUUCAAAGAACUUUCACAAAGGGGUUAUGCUCUUUAUAAUGUGAUUCCUGAUAUAUUAUCACGAUUAUCUGAUCCGCAAAUAAAUCUUAAUGAAAUCCAUUUUCAAGAAAUUUUUGGUUUUAUUCUGAAUCUGGUACAGCAUAAAAAACAAAUUGAUACAAUAAUCGAAAAAAUUUGUGCGAGAUUUAAACUUGCUACUACAGAAAGACAAUGGUGUGAUCUUUCUUAUUGCCUUUCAAUUUUACCGUUUAGUGUAAAAAGUAUAAGACGUUUGAUUGAAAGUUUACCUCUUUUAAAAGACAAGAUACAUCAUAAACAAGUAUUAAAAACACUUCAAGGUAUAAUAGAACAAACAAAGAAAAAAUCUGAUACCAAAUCUGUAUGUUUGGAAUUAGAAGAAAAAAUAAAAGAGUUAUUAGAAGGGUCUGAGAACACUGAAACAAAUGAUAAUAUUUUGAUGCCACCACCGAAAACGUUAUUACAACAAAAGUCUCGUAUGGGAAGACAAAAGGAUAGCGAAGAAGACGAAAAUUAUUCUGAUACUGAUAUAGAUUCACAACCUAUAACAAAAAAAAAUCUCACUCCAAGCCAUACUAGGAAGAAAAUUCGUGUCUCCAAAGAUAACUCCGAUUCCAGUUCAGAAUCAGAUAAUGACGACCGUGAACAAAAAGUUACAUCGAAUAGAAGUAGUACGAGAUUAAGAAGCUAUCGAAAAGUUAUGAACUCAACUCCAACUACACAGUCUCCAUUACCAAAGAGAAAUAAAUCCAGUAAAACAGUAAAAAUAUCUGACAAAACACCAGUAAGAACACCUAGACAAAUGACAGAACGAGUAUCAACCCGAUCGUCACGAUUACAAAAAUAAUAAUAAUAAUACAUAAAAAAUAUUAUCGUAAAGAUAAAAGAUUAAAGAAUAAAUAUUAUCAUAAAGAUAAAACAUUAAAGAAUAAAUAUUAUCAUAAAGAUAAAAAAUAUUAUAUCAUUAAUUUUUUAUACGUGCACGGAUAUAGGUAUAAUGAAACAAUAUUUAAAUUAAUAUAUCAAUAAUUACGAAAUUAUUGAAAUUAAUUUCAUUUAUUGGAAAAUAAUUUAGUUUUUAAUUCUGCUUUACGUUUACUGUGCAAAAUUUAGCUUAUAUAAGUAUAAAGAUGAUAAGAAAUUUAAAAAAGACAUAUUGUGUUAUAUAUUUGUUGAAUUUCUUAAGAAAAAUUAGUGUAAAAAUUUAUUUUAGAUGAUAUAACUUUAGUUUAUUCCUUUUUUAUUGAACGUUUAUUUAUGUAAAGGUAAAUAUGCCAAGUAUCUUUUUGUAAUAUUCGUAAAAAAAAUGAAGAAGUAAACGAUAGAACUUAUCAAUGAAACGAAAUUAUAUUUGCGUAUGAGAUGAAUUAACUCUCUAUUAUCAUGACUUAAAUUAAAUCCGUAUUAUUAAAUGACUUAAAAUUCCUGAGAAAUAAUAAUAUUAAAUCAUGUAAAAAAUAAAUUAUUUUUGCAUUUGAUAUCAUGGAAUUGAAUAUACAAGUAUGAAAUGUGGAGGAGCAAUAUAUGGAAUUGAAACAUGAUAUUAUCCUGAUCUGGCUAUUUGUAAAAUAUAUGCUAUUUGUUUACAAUAUAGAUCGUACAUAUUAAUAAAUGUGGCUCAGUACAUGUUAUGAAAUAUCACGACUAACACUACGCUUAAAUGUCAUAGAACGAACUUCUGCUCCAGAUUUAGCAGAUUUAGAAACAGCGGAAGUUGUAUUUGGAGUUGGACUUUGUGAAAGGGAAGCCCGAUCGUCAUUAGUUGAUUUUUCCCUUUCUAAUCGCUGCUUACUAAAUUUUCCCAUUCCUGGUCUAUAGAUUUCCAUGGCAGGUCGAUCCUAGAGUAAUAAAAUGUACAUAUAAUCAAAUAAAUUUCUAGUUUUUUUUUUUUAUUUUAAAUACAAAAUAUCCUUCCAUAAAGUUAUUUAGUUGUAAUAUGCAGAAAAUACCUUGUUUCGAAUUCUACGUUCUAAUCGUGGAUCUUUUUUAUCUUUUUCUUUAUCUUCAUUUUCAGAUUUUUGUAAAUUACUUUGUCCAUCACCAUCUAAAGACUUAUGACGUCUCAGGCAAUUAUUGUCCCCUGUACCUCCUUCACCACCACUUUCUAGAGAACUACGUCUUUUUACAAGUUUUGAUUCUUUUUUUUCAUCAGACUCAGUUUCAAUACCAGUUUCUCUAUUAAUGUGUUCAUUAGAUCUUGAUUUUUCUGUUGCAUCUUUUUCAUUCCGAAUACUAGUUUCUAUAAAUAAUGUAUAUAUGUAAAUUUUAUAAUAUCAUUAAUAUUUAAUAUUAUAUAAGUAUAAUAAAAAUGUAACAACAGUUAAGAAAAGAUGCAGAAAAAUUAUAAGAUACCUGUAUUCUUAUUUUGAUCUAAUACAGAUUCAAUAUUCUGUUCACUUUCAAUUAAUUUAAUGUUUCCACUGUUUUUUCCAUUAUUUCUUUCCAUUAUUUUUUCCACUAUUCCUUUAGAGAGAGAAGAAAUUAAUCCUUCUUCUGUAAAUUCUUGAGAAACAUCCUGAUUUUCUUUCAUUAUACAAGUAACAUUGAUAUUAUCAAUAUUAAGAUCCACAUUAUGCCUUUUAGUUUCUGCCAACCUUUUUUUUUCAAGUCUCAUUUUUUCAUAGCUUUUACCUCUUUUCUCUUCAAUCCUUCGUUCUUUACAUUCUUUGAGAUCUUCUUUAAUGUCAUAUUUUCUAUCAUCUCUGACAUCAUUUUUUCUGUCUUCUUUAAGGAAGUCUCUAUCAUCUCGUCUUCCAUAAAGUUUUUUAUCUUCAUGUCGUCUUUGAUGCUUUAUAUCUCUGUCCUUAUUUCUAUCAUCCAUUCUUUCUCUAUAUCCUUUUGUUAAAGGUUUCAAAUCUCUAUCUCGAGGUACUUUUUCACGCAACUUUUCGUCCCUUUUGUUGCGAUUCUUUAAAUCCUUUGGUGAUGCUUUAUCUCUUUCAUCUUUAUUUUCUUUAUUGUCCUUGUUUGUUUCUUUAUCCAAAUCGGGAUUCUUAAGCACCUACAAUAAAUUUUAUUUAUGUAUAUAAGAUUAUUUUGAAUUUAAAUAAUGUAAGAUUAAUUUACAUUGUACUAAUUUUAAAUGUAGUUACAUUAUAAUAUAGUAUAAUUAUAAAUCAUAAUUAUUAUAAGAAUAAAAUAACACAAUCACCAUUCUUUAAAAUAACUUAGUUCGAAAAGUUUAUUGUAUA